UUUCGCUGCAUUCAUAUAUUACGAGUUAUAUGAAAUUCCCGGUAUAUAAUAUAGUUAAUAUUAUAUAGAUCAUAAAGUAAUAAGUGGGUUUACAUACAACAUCUCUGAAAUAGUAAUUUUGGUUAAAUAAUUUAAGGUAAUUUUUAGUUUUGAUAUUCAAAGGUUAACAAACUGCAAGGACCAAACGUAGAACAUUGUUAUACAUUUAAUACAUUUUUAAUCAAAUCUCAAUGCUUUUACAUCCUUUAUUUGUAUUAUGAUCUAUUUACGAUCAGGAUUAUUCCAAUUCCCUGCAGGACACGGUGGUGGAACAGGUUUUCGCGACGGACAGUGAUCGACCUCCACCUGUGCCCCACAGCACGGUUUUGUUGCGGUGACCUUAACUUCUUUGGGAACAUAUGACGGGAUAUAUUUCCGUUCCAACUGGUACGCACAAGGAUUGCAUUUCUUUUCCCGUACUGUCUUUGCUGUUUGAGGUAUUGGAAUUUUUUUCGGUUCGCACGGCGGACACGGCUUCGUACUUGGUUUCACCCUUUUUGUAUAUGCACGUUUAAUCAAAUGUUGCACGCCUCCCGAUCGCCAUCGUAGCAAUAUCCCGUACAAGUUUUGCAUUUCGCCUCUUCUUCGCGAACGGUCCAGAUUUUUUCUUUUCUUUUUUAUUUAUGAAUUUAAAAUCCAAUUUUGAAGGGUUAAUUCCGAAUGAAGAGGCGACACUUCUAGAAGAAGUGCGUUGACAACUCGAUUAUCAUACAAGUGUAAUUUUAAUUGAUUUGAUUAAUUGACAAUGACGUUUUUUUUGUUUGUUUUGUAAAACUAUACAACGCAAUUUUGUACGAAUCAUUUAUUUAAAAAUGAUUUUAAUGUCAAUAUAUAAUAUAAAGAUAAUUUUGGUAAUAUAAAGGUAUAUUUUGAUGCGAAAGAUUCAACUGAAGCACAAAACGAGAUAACUAUAUAAACAAAGAUUAAGUAUAAAAAUAAAAUGGUAUCUAAUCUCCACUAUGUCGGAUCCUACAGAAGCUAAAACUAAUACUGUAUAAAACUACUAAGUUCUUUUAAAUAUAAAUGUCUCAAUCUCUCAAUUACCAACAAAUUUGCAAUAAUAAUGUUUUAAAAUUCAACAAAUCAAGGGUAUAAAUAGUUAAAAACCAAUUUCGUUACUUCUUAAUACUUAACAAUUCAUUGUUUCGACGUGUUAACACGAUGAUUACCUUGACCUCAAUAGCAUAAUUAUCAUUUGAUGACGAACUAAAAAAAACAAAAUAAGUGGGAGUUCAGCUUCAACAUUCUGCUUCUACAUGUAAAGCUUAACGGGUGUCGGUUUAUAUUCUAUUUUGUUUAGUGAAUUUAGCUAAAUAUUAUUUAUUAUAAUAACUAUACCAAUUAAAGAGUUAUGUAACGCGCGCUUAAUGCGUAAUUAUCAAUAGGUAUGAUAGCAACAAAAUUACGUUAUCUGAAAUUGGGGCUUAGUAACGGUUCAUCCGUAUUUUAUAACGGUGUUGGAACACAAACUAGAGAUAUGGCUGCGAAUACAGAAUCACCCUUAGUACCAGUAAAGGAAGCAAAUCGAUUUGUCAAAGAAUGUCUUGAAGCUUGUGGUACUCCGGAAGAUCACGCGAAAGCUAUGGCCGAUUUACUCAUCGAAGCAGAUUACAGAGGACAUUAUAGUCAUGGAAUGAAUAGAUUAGAAAUGUACGUAAACGACGUGUGUUCUGGAAGUUGCGACGCUAAAGCAAUCCCGAAAAUUUUGAACGAAACAUCAGCCACGGCCUGGGUGGACGGUCAAAACGGAUUAGGAGCUGUUGUGGGAAAUUAUUGCAUGUCUUUGGCCAUGAAAAAAGCCGAAGAAGCAGGAAUUGGUUGGGUUACUUGUAAAGGAUCAAAUCAUUAUGGUAUUGCUGGAAUGUAUGCUUUGAAAGCUAUUAAUAAUGGUUUGCUAGGGAUGAGUUUUACCAAUACUUCACCUUUCAUGGCACCAACAAGAAGUAAAAAGGCUGCACUUGGUACGAAUCCUCUUGCAUUGGGAGCACCCGGUGCCGAAGGCGACAGUUUUCUCUUAGAUAUGGCAACAACUGCUGUAGCUGUGGGAAAGAUAGAAAUCCAAAGAAGAAAAAAUCAACCAAUUCCUGAAGGAUGGGCACAAGACACAGAAGGACACUCAACCACCGAUGCUGAAUUAGCGUACAAAUCAGGUUGUUUAAUGCCGUUAGGAGGAAGCGAAAUACAUUCCGGAUACAAAGGAUUCGGAUUAGGAAUGCUUGUUGAAAUUUUUUGUGGUAUUUUAGCCGGUGCUAAUUAUGGGCCGAAUAUUCGAAAAUGGGGCACAUUCGCAAAGGAAGCCAACCUAGGUCAAACAUUUGUUGCAAUCAAUCCAAAUUGUUUUGCUCCAGGAUUUGAAGAUCGUUUAAGCGAAUUAAUGAGUGGUAUCCGACAAAUGGAGCCGGUGGAUCCAUGUAAACCUGUUCUAAUUCCCGGUGAUCCGGAAAAAUUACAUAUGAAAAGUGUUGAUGAAGCAGGUGGAUUAAAGUAUUUACCAAAUCAAUGGAAAACGUGUGAACAAUUAUCGGAAAGGUUGAAGGUAAAGCGUUUGGAACCUAUAAAAUGAAUUUUUAUGUAUGUACAAAAUAAAAACGAUUUUUUAUAAAAAUA